AUGUCUGCUGCAAUGGAUACAGAAUCGACAUAUUCGGGAUACUCCCACUACUCAGGUCACUCCAAAAAAGCCCACAGACAAGGGAGUCGCGACAGGCACAAAUCGCCACGAAGCAAAGAUGGCAGUCGGUCUGAGAAGUCCGUCACUAUCCAGACACCUCCUGCAGAGCCGCUGCUUGGGAACGAUGCAUCUCGGGCGGAGGAGGGCCAGGAUGACAACUGGGGUGAGACCACGACAGCAAUCACAGGCACCUCUGAGCACAGUAUUUCCCAGGAGGACAUUGCCCGGAUCAGUAAGGAUCUGGAGGACAGCGUUGGGUUGGACUGCAAACGUUACCUGGGCUUAACAGUGGCAGCUGUUCUUGGACUCCUCGUCUUCCUUACCCCCAUUGCCUUCAUUCUGUUACCCCAGAUCCUGUGGCGGGAUGAUCUGGAGCCGUGUGGUACUGUCUGUGAGGGACUGUUCAUCUCUGUGGCAUUUAAACUCCUCAUUCUUCUGAUUGGGACCUGGGCUCUCUUCUUCCGCCAGCCCAAGGCAGAUAUACCAAGGGUUUUUGUGUUUCGGGCCCUUCUGUUGGUCCUCAUAUUCCUGUUUGUGUUUUCCUACUGGCUGUUUUAUGGUGUUCGCAUCUUGGACUCGAAGGACACCAACUACCAAGGAAUAGUGCAGUACGCAGUGUCUCUGGUGGAUGCUCUGCUCUUCAUUCACUACCUGGCCAUUGUGCUGCUGGAGCUACGGCAGCUGCAGCCCGUGUUCACUGUCAAGGUCGUCCGGUCAACGGACGGAGAGUCGCGAUACUAUAGCUUGGGGCACUUGAGCAUCCAGCGAGCUGCACUGGUGGUUCUGGAAAAUUACUACAAAGAUUUCACAGUCUACAACCCAGCCUUAUUAACAGCCUCCAAAUCCCGUGCAGCCAAGCACAUGGCUGGCCUGAAAGUCUACAAUGUUGAUGGCCCAGGUAACAACGCCUCGGGGCAGUCCCGUGCCAUGAUUGCAGCCGCGGCCCGUCGCAGGGACUCCAGUCACAACGAGCUCUACUAUGAAGAGGCCGACCACGAGCGCCGAGUGAAAAAACGCCGUGCAAGGCUUGUGGUUGCAGUAGAGGAGGCUUUCACUCACAUCAAACGCCUCCAGGCAGAGGAACAGCAGAAAGCUCCCGGAGAGAUGAUGGACCCCCGAGAAGCAGCCCAGGCAAUCUUCCCCUCCAUGGCAAGAGCUCUGCAGAAGUACCUUCGCACCACCCGCCAGCAACAGUACCACAGCAUGGAGAGCAUCUUGCAACACUUGUCCUUCUGCAUCACCAAUAACAUGACACCAAAGGUAUUCCUGGAGCGUUACCUCAACCCGGGCCCAACCCUCCAGUACGACAGGGAUCGCUGGUUCUCCAAGCAGUGGACGCUUGUCAGUGAGGAAGCAGUCACAAGCGGGUUACAAGACGGCAUUGUUUUUGUCCUCAAGUGCUUGGACUUCAGCCUUGUUGUUAAUGUGAAGAAAAUCCCCUUCAUCAAACUCUCAGAAGAGUUCAUAGACCCUAAAUCUCAUAAAUUUGUCCUCCGCUUACAGUCUGAGACUUCAGUCUAAGGGAUUUUGAGGAAUUCAAGUGGUUUAUAAGACAACCCUGUUUGUCGUCAAGUGGACAACGUUCCUUUCGUUGGACAUCCUUCACUAAAGGCUGAACCAUUCAACAGGGUGCCAUGUUGCCUAGCCAGGAGUGAUGUUGCCCCUGGGUAACUCCUCUCUUCCAUGUUGGUGUUUUUCCUGUGACUCAGGUAUGCUGCUUGGAUACUUUAAAGGCUUUGUUUUUUUGCUCUCAGAUUUAUUACAGCCUAAAUCCAAAGCCAUGCUGAGAUCUUCCAAAACCAGAUGCAGCUAGGACUUUCAGCUGUUCCAGAGCAGAUGGAAAUGGCUGUGGGUUUCCAUGAAGGCUGGAAGGCUUUCUCUUUCAUGGCUAAAUAAUGAAAGAUUUGGAUUUAUUGCAGCUUCUAGGAGCGUAGGGGCAGAUACUAGACCCUUAAUACCUUGCCAGUCCUGUAACUAGGCUUGGGCAAAGGCGGUUAGCACAUCUGUUCGCCUUUCAUUGCCAUGUGGCUGCAGCCAUCCUUGUGUAGGCUCUGGGGGGCUGCCCCAGGUCUCAGACUCCUUUCCUGCUCACGGGAGAAGAGCAGGCAGUGCUCUCAGAAGUGUAA